CUAUGCUAUCCGACUGUGAUGGCUUCCUCCGCCAUCUUCUUCUUCUCUUUCUUCCUCGGCCUCUCUCUCCGUGUAUCCGCUAAUAACCUUGACGAUUUGUGUCCGGUGAGAUUUUGCAGUACCCUUGGACCUGAAAUCCGCUUCCCUUUCCGAGCAAGCGACUUCCACCCCGAGCGAUGCGGCUAUCCGGGCUUCGAUCUCUCGUGCAACGUCCGAGGCCAAGCGGUCCUCCAAUUGCCUAACUCGCAAGACUUUGUCGUCGACCUCAUUGACUAUAAGAAACAAUACAUCGUGCUCAGGGACCCGGGCAACUGCUUGGCGAAGCGGCUUCAAAACUCGACGUUCUCGAGCUCGGUUUUCGUGGCGCAAGAGCAUGGGAACUUCAUGUUUGCGGAUUGCUCGAUUGAUCUGUCAGAUUUCGGGAUCGAACGGGUGGACUGCCUCAGCGAUGAAAACCACACGGUACAUAUUGCUGUUGCCGGUUCAUUCACUUGGUACUUCUCGGUGUUCCGAUGUCGUACCUGGACAGUGUCGGUUCCGGUGGCCUGGCAAUAUCCCACGGACGUAACCGAGAGUGUUUUCCUGACGUGGGAUUUCCCGAAUUGUAGAUCGUGCGAGAAAAGUGGUGGGAAGUGCGGGUUCAAGGGUUCUGCGGGCUCCGAUGUCGGAUGCUUCGGUAAACCUGGGCUUUCAAAGCGUGCCAAGUUGGGGAUACUCCUCGGCCUCGUGUUGCCCUCGCUUCUUUGCAUUUCCGGACUCGCGUUCUACCUAAGCUCGCGCGCUCGAGUCUCCGAGCAUCGCGAUCCUCUCAAUCAACCUCCUAACGGCAACGACCGCGAAAAUGACGUGGCAGACAUCACAUCUCCUUCGAGCCCCUCGAGAGAAACUCGACAUGCCUCCAAUAGUGUCACGGGCAUCGAUUCAGCCACGAUAGAAUCUUAUCCAAAGAUUCGAAUCGAUGACGAUGGACAAGUGCCCAGGCCGAACGACAACGUUUGCACAAUAUGCUUGUCGGAGUACCAGCCCAAGGAAAUGCUCCGGACCAUCCCCAAGUGUGGACACUACUUCCAUGCACAGUGCAUCGAUUUGUGGCUCAGGCGGAGUGCUUCUUGCCCGUUGUGCCGUGAUCACAAGGGGCACAUGUAA